GGGGGCGGGCUGGGCCGGUUCGGGCGCUGCCCCGCCGCGCGGUACCAGCUCGCCUUCCUGCUGCUGCUGCUGGACGAGCUGCGGGUGCCGCCCGCCCGCUGCGCCCUGUUCGACCCGGCCUUCUCGGCGCGGGAGGCGGCGGCGCUGCGAGCGCUGGGGCUGUGCCUGCUCACGGAGAACGAGGAGGGGAAACGCGGCGUGCAGGGCGCGGCCACGCUGUUCUACAUGGUGCACUGCGGGAAGGCUCUGUACAACAACCUGCUCUGGAGCAACUGGAGCCCAGCGGCGCUCUCCAAGCUGGUCAUCAUCGGGAACAGCUUCCGAGGAAUCCAGGAGAGAUUGCUGUCCAGAAUCUUGGAGAGAGAUUAUUCUUACAUAGCAAAGGUCUUGAAAGGAGUGGAGGAAGUGGCACUCCCCAGUCACCCCCGCUACCUGGACACCUUCAAUGACACCUCCGUGCACUGGUUUCCCUUGGAUAAACUGCAGGAGCUCUCCCCUGAGGUCUGGGACUUCGUGGAGGAGCCAAUGUACCAGGACUGUGAGGACCUGGAGAUCAUCAGGAAGGGGGAGGGACCUACUGCCGAGUCCUGACCAUCCCUGUGGUAGCAGGGCUGGGAUCCACAUCUCUUCCCAUGGAAGCUUCUGUGCAGCUGAGAUGGAGCUCAAGUAGCAACAGUGGCAUCAGGCUCUGUCAAAAGUGGCAGCACCUGAAUGCUGAGGUGAUGAGACAUUUUUGUAUCUUAUUUAAUAAAAAAAAUAAAGCUGAGCUUUGACUUACACUCACUGAACACAGCAAACUAAUUCCACCAAAACCUGCCUUGAGAACCAUCUGUACUGCAGUGACUCUCUGAUUCCCUUCCCUUCCAUAACAAUUCAAGGCCCUUGUAUGUCCUAAACACAUUUCAACUCUUCAUGAAGGGGAAAUUAUCUGAGGGGUUUGUAGUGGGAGGUGCUGGGGUCUGGUUCCCAGUUUAUGCUUGGAAAAAUCUCCCAGCUCUCAUUUGCUGCUGAGAUCAGCUCUUGAUGAGUCCUGGCAACCCAGACUGGCUCACUCCAGGAAAAAAAAGCCUUAGGAUUCCUUCCCUCACCUCUGUGCUCUUAACCACUGCAGUCCCACAGCAGAGGGAGCUGGUCCUGGCUGUGUACAGCAAAGAGGAGCCCACUGUGUGAGGGAUGCUGUGGGGACAGUAACUCACUGCCAGCACAGCACACAGGCAGCACAAGCUGUGGUAUCU